AAAUGGCUCCACUAGAAAAAACUGGAGAAGAAAGAGAAGGGAUUAAACUGUUUGGCAUAACGAUCACGUUGCAUGCAGCAGAAAGAAAAGAAGAUGAGAAAAGCAGCAAUGGUAGCGAAGAAGAUGAUGAUCAUGAUCAUGGAGAAGAUCAAGAAGAGAUGAUGAAGAAACCAAACAAGAUCAUAGCAUGUCCAAGAUGCAAGAGCAUGGAAACCAAGUUUUGUUACUUCAAUAACUACAACGUUAAUCAGCCUAGGCAUUUCUGCAAGGCCUGCCACAGGUAUUGGACUGCCGGAGGGGCCCUUCGCAACGUCCCGGUCGGUGCAGGCCGCCGAAAGGGUAAGCUGCCGUCCCCUGCCGCCGCUCGUCACGGUGGCGCCAUCUGUGAUUCAUCAUCCACUGUUCAGAAAUUUGGAUUAGAUGAUGAAGAGGGGUUGGUUUUGGACGAGUGGGAUGUUGCCACCGUCAUUCACGGUGGUUUCCGGCAGCUUUUUCAUCAGUCGUCUAAACGGCGGAGGACGAGCUCUGAGGAUGCUCAACCUUGUUAAGUUAUUUUUCUCUUCUUUUAUUUUGUAAAUGGAUUAUCUGUGAAAGUGUAUUUCUUUUUCUUCGGAAAAUACAUUUUCCUUUAUUUCAAUUUUAACUUUGAUUUGUUUUUCU